AUGAAAGGGCAAAGAAAUGGUGUAGCAACUCAAAUAUCUUGUUUAGAAAGACGUGCCAUAUACACACAUUGCUAUGGUCACUCAUUAAACCUAGCCUGCCAAGAAACUGUUCGUGAAGUGAAAAUUGUGAAAGAUGCAGUAGACACCACAUUUGAAUUAUCGAAAAUUGCUAAGUAUUCAGCAAAACGCAAGGCCGAAUUAGUGAGAUUAAAGGAAGAACGGGCACAUAAUGAUCCUGGCUUCAGAACCAUAUGUCCAACUAGGUGGACUGUACGGUCAAAGUCUCUGAGUAGUGUCAGGCAAAACUACUCAGUCUUGCAACAGAGCUUAAGUACAUUUGCAGACUUUGCUAAACAUGACAUGGAAAUCUCUGCCAGAGUUAACGGAAUCAGGUCUCAAAUGGAAAAGUUUUCUUUCUUGUUUGGAGUCAUGCUUGGUGAGAGCGUAUUAGGUAUGGCAGAAAACCUUAGUUGUGUCCUGCAAAGUAAGAAGAUUUCAGCUGCAGAAGUUCAAGCUGCAGCUGAGCUGACGUUGGACACCAUGCUGAAGCACAGGACUGACACAGCAUUUACCAAAUUCUGGGACAAAGUGGUCAAGCACAGUAAAAAUGUAGACGUAGACAAGCCAGCUCUACCCAGGAAAAGGAGAGUACCUGCACGAUUUGACCUAUCAGGUGCUGGUGAGAGUUAUGUUCCGUUGACAGUAAAAGAACACUACAUGAUAAUAUACUAUGCUGCAUUUGAUCGGGUCAUUUCUUCAAUCAAGAACCAUUUUGACCAACCGGGCUACAAAGUUUAUUGCCCCCUUGAAAAUGUAUUGCUCAAUGCCAUAUCGGGGAAUGAUUUUGAGGCAGACAUUCAGAAAGUUAUUGAAGUGUAUGGCAAUGAUUUUGAUCAAGACUUGCUUCGCAUACAGCUAGACAUCUUUCAAACUCAUUUUGCAUCAGAGCAGGGAAAACAGCAAGGAAAUAGUACUAUUUCUGAUGUGAAGUCUCUUUGUCUCAGCCUUGGAGAAGGUCGCCAUGUACUGUCGCAAAUUGAAGUGUUACUGAAGGUUCUUCUAAUCAUGCCUGCCACAAAUACCAGUAGUGAGAGAUCCUUUUCUGCGUUGAGACGGAUCAAGAAUUAUCUUCGAUCAACAAUGAAGCAGGAGAGACUGAACGAUGUCAUGGUUUUGAAUGUACACAAAGACAAGACAGAUAGUCUGGAUUUGAAUUGUUGUUGUAAUGACUUUGUAAGUGGCAGUGAGCAUAUAGACGUGGAAUUUUCGGUAUCUAAGUUUACCAGACCACCAAAUUUAGUAUUCUGCGGAAGACGAGAGAUCAAUGUAUCACGACGACGCUGGGAUUAA